AUGACUGAUUAUUUACGUGAUUCACAUGUUACAUGGAAAUUCAAUGCACCUCAUUCCUCACAUAUGGGAGGUGUGUGGGAAAGGAUGAUUGGUAUCGCUCGCAGAAUUCUAGACGACAUACUACAAGGGGUUUAUGCUAAAAAUCUAUCACACGAAGUUUUAGUUACUCUCAUGGAUGAGGUUGUUGCUGUUAUGAACUCUAGACCAAUUGCCCCUAUCUCUAGUGACGCAGAUUGUCCAGUUAUACUAUCUCCAGCUACACUUUUGAACCAGAAAAUCAAUGGUGAUUUGUCUAUGUGUUUCGAUUUGGAUAUUCGUGAUUUGUACAAGAAACAGUGGAAAAUGGUUCAAGUGCUCUCAGACAUGUUUUGGAAACAGUGGCGAGACAGUUUCCUACAAACGCUUCAACCUAGGAGAAAAUGGCAGACGCAGCAAAUUUGUGUUAAAAAUGGUGAUGUUGUACUCCUUAAAGACAAACAAGUGCCAAAGAAUGAAUGGCCGGUUGGAAUUGUGACAAAUGCUAUUAAAAGUGACGGUGAUAAGUUAGUGAGAAAAGCUGAAAUUCAAGUAUGUAAAUUCGGAAAAUGUACUAAAUUUACACGCCCAGUGGCAGAGAUGGUUGUUCUUGUGGAAUGA